GUGUUUGAUUAUUUGGGUGUAAAAAUCUGAUCUUUUUUCAGUUUUCCAUCUUUGUGCUUUUUGCCUUCGUUUUGUUUGAUCUGUUUUUGUGGGUUUCUAUUUUCACUAUUUUGGGUGUCCCAAAAAUUAGGUUAAUUGACAUUUUCAAGAAUUUGCAGGGGACAAGAAUCCCAUUUGGCUGCUGCGAAACUUGAACAAUUUGAAGAUAACUACCUAUUUUUUUCCACUAAGCAUAUAUGGAAAGCAUUUGGGGUUAAGAAAUAAGAAUUGGAGCAUAAUCAAUACCACAAUCAUUAGUUCCGUGUUCUUCACUAACUUGUCAAUUCCUCUUCCAGUACACAUGACAUAAAUGGAACUCGAAUAUCAUUUGACAAAAACAAGUCCAUUUUUGUGAAAAUUUUAUCUUUUUCAUGCCAACUUGUGGCUGAGGAUUCCCCUUUCUGAAUAAACUUAUGCUGAUUAGUAAUGAAAAGGGCACACCAAGCAGCGUCGUGCAGGCGCCUGCUGCAGCUGAGUACAACCUCUGGGGCGAAGGGGAUCUGUUUAACGCGCCUCAACCGGUUAUUGAGGAGCCUGUUAUGGGGCUUGAUCCAAUGACGGUUGCCAUAACAAUGAUCUCUUGUGGAGAAGAUGUCAUCUCCCCUCCUCAGUCGUUGAGUGUGUCGGAUGUUGAGUCAUCAAUCGAGAGUGGGCAGCUCCUGAGCGAGGUCUUCUACGAGUGCAGGAAGGAUAUCUUGGCAAAGGAAGGGAAUGAGACGCCGCUCUCUGAAGUCCUCAGCAUCAACAUCCCUACAACUGUCAAGACUAGUGAUGAGAACAAGAUGAUGGAUGAGAAGUCGCGUGUUGAGUGUUCGUUCCAGAAGAGUGUUAGUUCCAGCUGUCUGCGGUCGAUGGACAACGCUCAUGAGGCUCUCCCGAGGCCCAGCUUUCUUGAUUUCCAAGUUGAUGACUUUGAAGCUGCUUAUGGGAUGCGACGAGCAUACAGUGAAGGAGACAUAAAGGCUCUUUGCAGUGGUGGCAUAAACCACGCUCAGUCGCCACUGGGGCAAGCGAGGGUGAUGAGUAGUUGCGUUUCUGAGGUGCGCAGGGAGAAGCUUUCGAGAUACUGGAGCAAGAAGUCGAAGAGAAACUUUGGAAGAAAAAUCAAGUACGCUUGCAGGAAAGCUCUCGCGGACAGCCAGCCGAGGAUUCGAGGAAGAUUUGCAAAAACUGAGGAAGGACAAGGUGGGAAGAAGCAAUGAAGUAUAGGAGAGUGAGUAGAUUGUUAGAGUUUAUGCAGUGAAGAAAGAAACAAUAAGAAGCUUAGUUUGUUUGGUGGUAGCUCAAACAAUAAUUAACCUUUGUAGAUCAAAUCAAAUGUUUCUCUAGAUUAUUAUGUACAUAUGCUGUUUAAUAAUUUCAUAUUGCAAUAAAUAACAACUUCUGUUUCUCA